AUGGAAACCUACGAGGUAAAAGGGAAGGCUGAGAACAAGAACAAAGAACUAAAACGCUUGGGGUUUGUGAAGAUCGCAGCUAUUCACACUUACGUGUUUGUUUCAUAUCUGUAUGAAUCCGCAAAGAAGAACUCAGGGUCUUUGAGAUCCGCUGUUGAAACGGUGGAGGGAACAGUAACAACUGUUAUUGGUCCUGUCUACAACAAAUUCAAGGAUGUCCCUGAUGAUGUCCUGCUUUUUGUUGACAACAAGGUGGAUGAAGCUACUCACAAGUUCAACGAACAUGCUCCUAGUAUUGCUAAACAGCUUGCAGACAAAUCCAAAAGUUUGAUUCAGAAAGUGACAUAUGAAGCGGAGAAAGCUGUGCAUGUGGCUCAAUCUGAAGGACCACGAGCAGCUGUAGAAUAUGUUGCCUCAGAAUCCAAGAAUUUGCUGCUAAUUAAUUCAGUGAAGCUGUGGGCUGGACUCAACCAAUUUCCACCUUUUCAUGCAGUUGCAGAAAUGGCAAUCCCCACCGCCGCUCACUGGUCUGAGAAAUACAACCAUGUAAUCAAGGCCAUGGCUGAAAAGGGCUAUAGGUUUGUUGGUUAUUUGCCUUUGAUACCUGUUAAUGAUAUAUCUAAAGCAUUUAAGCAAAGGAAGGUCAAUAACUUGAAAGGAGAUGGAGUGGUUUCAGUGGAAAAGAAAUUAGAAUAA